UACCAACGAUAUUACGCAGCUACCGGUACCUCGCGCGAGCACGUCCGCUUUUACUCGCGUCCGGUCCGCUGGCGGGUGCACUUUCUUUCCGCCGCCGUCGUCUCCGUCUCCGUCUCAGUGGCAGCGACGCGCAGUACGACGCGAUAACUCGGUUUAGUGUGUGCACACGGCUCGCAUAGGAGGUAACCGCUUACCCGCGGUGUGUAAUACGCGCGUCGCGGCUGGAACGUGUCCGUACAUCGCUGCUAGGUCGGCCGCACGUCGCACUCGACAACCACAUCGAUCGAUCGCUCGCUCGCUCGCACGGACGGACGGACGGACGCGCAGACCGCGGCCAACGCGCGUUUAUGGUGCUCGGCCGCCGUCGACGAUGCGGUCGCAGCAGCUGCAGCUGAUGGUGGUGCACGUGUGCAUGCUGACCGCCGCCGUCGCCUCGACCGUCGGCCACGGCUCGGCCACCGCCGCCCCGGCGACCCCGUCCACGGACGACGACGAUGACGGCACGUCCAGACCAGACAGGCAGGACGACAAGCGGAUAUUCUUCGACGAUAUAUUCGGUUCGGUCAGCUACGAACCCGAGGAGAAAUUACCGGUGUCCAACUGCACUUGCAAUUGUGGAGUGCCCAAUCAAGAAAUCCGCAUAGUGGGCGGUCGCCCCACCGGAGUACACAAAUACCCAUGGGUAGCGAAACUCAUGUAUGAAGGUCAUUUCCACUGUGGUGGAUCACUCAUCAACAGCGAUUACGUACUGACUGCAGCUCAUUGCGUCCGGAAAUUGAAAAAAUCUCGUAUACGUGUGAUAUUCGGCGAUCACGACCAGAGCACCACGAACGACGGUGAAACGAUCACCAGGAUGGUAUCUUCGAUCGUGCGUCAUCGGAACUUUGACGUGAACUCGUACAACCACGACGUGGCUCUAUUGCGGCUGCGGAAGGCGGUACCGUUCACCAAAUCAGUGCGGCCGAUAUGUUUGCCGAUAGCUACUCGCGAACCGUCCGGAAAAGUGGGAACCGUAGUCGGUUGGGGACGUUUGUCAGAAGGUGGAAAUCUGGCGGACGUCGUGCAAGAAGUUCAAGUACCGAUCCUGUCGCUGGCGCAGUGCAGGGCUUCCAAAUACCGACCACAGAGGAUCACAGCCAACAUGAUUUGCGCCGGAAAGGGAGUUGAGGACUCUUGUCAGGGCGACAGUGGAGGUCCUUUGUUAAUAAACAGCGAUGUCGAUGAAAAGUUGGAAAUAGUCGGCAUAGUCUCUUGGGGCGUCGGUUGCGGUAGACCCGGUUACCCGGGCGUGUAUACCAGAGUUACCAAAUAUCUGGAUUGGAUUCAAAAGAACAUGCGAGAUACCUGUGCGUGCGUUAGAUAUUCUGCGAUAUCACAGCGUGUUCAGAGCAUCAUGACACCGAGUCGCCAAGGUUCGUUUCUCGCGGGCGUUCUGCUCGUAAUAGCAUGUGCAACGCAACAGGGCCAUGGCUUGAAAAACGUAUUCACAGACUUCGGUUUUCGCAAACCUACGCCUCAAGCGGCCGUGGAUUUGAUCACCAAAAACGGCCAAGAAUGCGACUGUAGUUGCGGAUCUCCGAACGUCGACACGAAGAUCGUGGGCGGCGAACCAUCGGGCGUGCACGAAUACCCCUGGAUGGUCCGUCUGUCGUAUUUCAAUCAAUUCUACUGCGGCGGUACACUGAUCAACGAUAGAUACGUGCUGACAGCCGCUCACUGUGUCAAAGGAUUCUUUUGGCCACUGAUCAAAGUCACCUUUGGCGAACACGAUUAUUGCAAUGCCACCAGAAAACCAGAAACCCGUUUCGUCUUGAGGUCUAUCGUAGGUGAGUUCAGUUACCUGAAUUUCCAAAACGAUUUGGCGCUAUUACGACUCAAUGACCGAGUGCCGAUGUCCGCGACCAUAAAGCCCGUUUGUUUACCGACUGAUGCAAACGACAAAUACAGCAACGGUAUAGGAAAGGCGGCGGGUUGGGGUACGCUGUAUGAGAACGGAAGUCCGUCGUGUCACCUGAGACAGGUGGACGUGCCGAUCAUUGACAACGAAGAGUGCGCCAAAACCAAUUACACGGGCGAUUUGAUCACGGACAACAUGAUUUGCGCGGGGCACGAAAUGGGCGGCAAGGACUCUUGCCAGGGCGACAGCGGCGGACCGCUGAUGAGACUCAUGGACAACAAACGGUUCGAGAUCAUCGGAAUUGUAAGCUGGGGUCACGGAUGUGCCCGUCCUGGAUUUCCUGGAGUAUACACAAGAGUUGCCAAAUAUUUGUCUUGGAUCAAAGAAAACUCCAAAGAAGGAUGCUAUUGUUCACAAUGAUUAAGAAUGAUGACACAGUACUCUGCAUACAACUAGAAAUUACAAUAUAAAUAACACAUAAUUUAUUAUUAUUUAUUAAAAGCUUAUUACCUAAUAAUCAUAUUUUAAUAGUAACUAUCAUUAAUGAUUGUGAUAAGAGUUAUAGAAAUAUAGAAUACGCUUGGUACAUCGUGAACAAUGGACAUAAGACAUCUGACAAUUUGAGAUUUAAAUUGUAAUAUUACAUUAUUUAAUUAUGUCUUUUAAUAUACUCAUGAUACAUCUUACAUAGUUUAUACAGCAUAUAAUAUUAAUUGUAGUUAAUAACCCUUUUAAAUUUCUAUUUUUUAUUUUUUACAUGCAUCAUGAAAACUAGGGUUACUAACUAUAAUUAAUUAAAAUCCUACCGUAUUUUUAAUAAUGUGGGCAUUGUAGAAAAGUAAAAAAUAAUUUUGUUAUUAUUAGUGAUGGGUCAAACUGUUUGAAUCUCGAACCGAACCGAACCCUUAAUAUUCGGUUCGGUUCGAAAUUCGAACUCGGCAUGAAAAAAAUUCAAACCGAACUAUCAAACAUAUUUUACUGUUUGAAAAUUGAACUUGAAAAUAUUUUUCGAACCAGAUUUACUGGCCACGAUAGUUCAAAGACCAAAUAUUUGUACAAUUCUUCAAAAGUUAUUUUUAAAAAAUAAAAAUUGAUAAUAAUUUUUUAGAAGUAAUUAGACUAUUAGCGAUAGAAAUUUAUAAGCUGUAUGUACCAUUAAUAAUAAUAAUGAUAAAAAGUAUUAAGUUCAAGUUUGAAUUAAAAUGAUUCUAGGUUCGGUUCGGUAGAAAAUAUGAAAGUUCGGUUUGAAAAAAUAAUUUAAAGUUCGAUUCGAUUUAAAAAAUCAGGGUUUGACCUAUCACUAGUUAUUAUAUUAUUCAAUAAAUGGAGAAAAAAAUACAUACAUGAAACAUUGUAAAUUUGUAAAUUGAAUAAAUACUAGAAAUUUAAAAAUAUAUAAAAACAUAGCAUGAAUUUAAAAAAAGUAAAAGUAUUUUAUUUCUAAAAUAGUUUAAAGUAUAUUAUUUAAAUGAAAGCUAUAUCCAAUUUAUUUUUUAACUAUAUAAUUUAAGACGUAGAUAUUAUAAUGUCAAUUAAGUUAAGAUUGAAAUUUAUAUGUAUACUUGUAUGAUUAACAAAAUGUAAUUUUAAGACCAAUGUAAAUGUUUUAAUUCUACUUAAAGUCUUGAAACCAUUAUUUUACAAUUUACACAAGGCAGAUCAUUAAUUAAAACUUUUCACAAUUCCUAUGUAACUAUGUAAAUAACAAUUUAUUUUUGAAUUAUAAGUCAGUAUUAAAUACAAUUAUCAAAUUAAUGUAAUAGUAUACCAGUGUAAAUUAUUUUUUAGUAUAGGGUUAUUAAAAGUCUGUAAAUUGGUAUUUAAUAAAAAUAAUUUCAUAAAGA